AUGGAUUUAAAUUAUAAUGAAGAAUUCCAAAUACCUGAUUGUCAUCCCAAUUCCGAUUUCAAUAAUCAUCCCCUGAUUGUAGGUGGAGGUGGAAGUGUACAUGAUAAUAUCAAGAUUGAAUGGGAUUAUCUUCAAUUGUCUCAUCAAGAAAUAACACAAGCAUUGGAGAAUAAUGCUAGUGCAACUACAACAGCAACAACAUCAACAUCAACUACAACAGCUGAGAAUAGUAUUAUUAAUGGCGGGGCCAAUGGGAGUGGAGGAAAUGGAGGAGGUGGUCCACCAAUUGAGAUUAGUCCGUCCAUUUCAAAUCAGACGGUACAAUCGUUACGACCUUCAUUCUCGAGUGAGUAUGAAACUGAUACUACUGAUUUUUUAGGGUUGAUUGAUAAAUCGGAUCAAUAUACUUUCAAAUUGGAUGCUAAUUUCUUCUUUGAUCAUAAUAAUAAUAUAGUGGAGAGUAAUCAUCAACAACAGCAACAUCAUCAAAACCACCACCAUAGUCAUAAUAAUACUAGCACUAAUGGCUAUGAGCUAGAAACUACUCCAAAACAUAUAUUAUCAACACCAGCAUUCAUAGAUCAUGGAACUCCUGAAUUUCUCCUUCUCCAAAAUGAAAUUCAAGAAUUAAACAAUACUCAUCACCAACAUCAACAACAUCUUCAACAACAGCAACAUAUACAGCAGCAUCAUAACCUAAACCAACAUAACCACCAUCAACAACUCCCACAUCAAUCAAAUAAUAGAUUUCUCCUGCUGUCUCUGUUUUCCUCCCAGGUUUUCCAAAGACUGAUUUCAUCCACUUCAUCCACCCCUGCCUCGGGUCCAUCCCCAAUUCAAAUUGAUUUUGAAGAAUUUGUAACCUCCCCCAUCUACGAAUGGCCUAAUGACGAAACAUCCACUCCACAAAACAUAAACCUCCUCAACACAAACAACAUUCAAGUCCGGCUAGUCAAUCUCGACCCUAAGACAAUCUCCGACGCCGUUCGAAAAACUAUAAGGGAAGAAUUUGCAGUACAGGAUUUAUUCCUCAGUGGUCAAGCCCCCUUGCUGGCCCCCGAAAUCCCUCGAGCUAUAAGAAAGAAGAAUGAUAAGGAUGUUGAAUGGACUCCAUUGAGUGUAUACAAAGCAUAUACGAAUAUCAAGAGUCCUACGAAUGGGAAGGAGGCAUAUAAUCAUUUAGUGCCGUAUAGUAGUUGUAUUGGGACAUUGAAUUAUCGACCUAAAGACCAUGCAGCCUGGAAGAGGAGUCCUAAUCGAAGGAGGUAA